GGAAACCAUGGCUUCUGGCAGGAACAGAUCAGUGUCGGGACAAAGUACACAGGCCCCGUGUGAAGCUCAGCCACAAACCCACUUACCCUGUCUGACCCGCCUCCGCCACCAUGACCCAGUCUCAGUGAAAUGGGAGAGGCUCCCUUGUCCUCCUCGAAGGGCGUGCGAUGGGGAUGUGGCUCACUUCUUCAGUGCCUCGCUGCUCAAGCGUCUAGGGGAGCAUAGAGCCGGGCAGGCUGUGGGGCUCCCACCCAGGGCGGUGUCUAGGAGCAAUGUUUGCGGCUCCUGAAGCCCCAGUGGGCGUGUGUUAGAGGGUACCCUUUCAGUUUAGCCUUGUAGGUGGCUUGUGUUAGCUGUUAGACUCCCUGCCUUAUCGCAAGGACAGAGGGCUUUCUGUAUCCCCGGGCUUCUUGCCUUGAUGUACUGGAGCAAUCAGAUCACACCGCGGCUUGGAGAAACCCAGGGACCAUGGGCGCCUCCAGGCUCUAUACCCUGGUGCUGGUCCUGCAGCCUCAGCGAGUUCUCCUGGGCAUGAAAAAGCGAGGCUUCGGAGCCGGCCGGUGGAAUGGUUUCGGGGGCAAAGUGCAAGAAGGAGAGACCAUCGAGGAUGGGGCCAGGAGGGAGCUGCAGGAGGAGAGCGGUCUGACGGUGGACGCCCUGCACAAGGUGGGCCAGAUCGUGUUUGAGUUCGUGGGCGAGCCUGAGCUCAUGGACAUGCAUGUCUUCUGCACAGACAGCGUCCAGGGGACCCCCAUGGAGAGCGACGAAAUGCGCCCUUGCUGGUUCCAGCUGGACCAGAUCCCCUUCAAGGACAUGUGGCCUGACGACAGCUACUGGUUUCCACUCCUGCUUCAGAAGAAGAAAUUCCACGGGUACUUCAAGUUCCAGGGUCAGGACACCAUCCUGGACUACACGCUCCGCGAGGUGGACACGGUGUAGCGGGAGCCCAGGGCAGCCCCUGGGCAGGAGACGUGGCUGUUGAACAGCCACAAACCGUCCUCACCUGGGGGCACCGUGUGGCUCGGAGCUGGGUUUCUUCUGGAAUUGACUGGAUGGAAAGGAAAAUAAAGGUCUCUAGCGGUUUUUUUUUUUUCUUUUGGA